UACUCUGGAGGUGAAAAAACUAACAUCAACAAGAUGGGCGAUGCUCACCAAGAGGGAAAAUCCGAAGUCAAUUUCCAUCGCUAAAUGUCGUGUGUAUAUCUGUCAACAUGGGUUGCUGUAAAGGGAAAUGUAAACUUUCAACAAGAUAUAUUCCUGUGACGAUUGCCUAUAUCCUUGUGAUUGGUACAUCUGGCUUAUUUUUCGCGUUUCCAUUAAGAGGUCUGAUCAUAACGUGUGAAUACCACCCUGCUAUAGCUGCCUUUGACGUUCUCCUAUUCCUUGUCGCCCUUAUCAACUUCCUACUAGCAACGUUUGUUGACCCCGGAGUAUUCCCAAGAACUGCAGUUGGAGACGAAGACAGAGAUGAUGACUUGAGGGCACCCUUGUAUAAAACUGUCCAAAUCAGAGGUAUCCAAGUCCGUAUGAAAUGGUGUUCAACCUGUCGCUUUUAUAGACCACCAAGAUGCUCACAUUGUAGUGUCUGCAACAAUUGUAUUGAGAGGUUCGAUCAUCACUGUCCGUGGGUGAAUAAUUGUGUCGGGAGGAGAAACUACCGCUACUUCUUUAUUUUUCUUCUCUCAUUAACGAUGCACAUGGUGUCCGUCUUCGUCCUCAGUCUAAUCUACGUGCUGGAGACCAAAUCCCCCAUCUCAGACUACCAAACAAUUAUAUCUAUUGUUGUGAUGAGUAUAGAUACCCUAUGCUUCAUACCAGUGAUAGUGCUUACUGUAUUCCAUAUAUCUCUCGUCUGUAAGGGACGCACCACCAACGAGCAGGUAACCGGUAAAUUCCAGAGUGGUCACAAUCCGUUUGAUAAAGGAUGUUUUAAGAAUUGUAUGGAGGUGUUCUGUGGUCCACAGCCAUCAAGGUAUGUUGGUUUCAAGAGUAAGCCGGUGUCGCUUGCGGCAAUGUACAUGCCGGUGCACACCACCACCACCACCGCAACGGGUAAUGGUGUCGCCGACAGCCAGGUCCAUGUGAGGGUGGAGAGCGGAAGAACGACGGUCACACCUCAACGCACGAUGGCGCCAUCCGUCAAUAACAAACAACAUCAGGUACACUCUACUGUAGGUAACAACCACACAGCACCUUAUUUCUCAGACAUCAGGAGAGAAGGUCUAGGAGAUGAAAGCCAGGGAGACGACUGCGAAGCCGAACCACCUCCACCACCAUCAUCCGUCAACCCAUACAACCAGGUCCACUUAUAUCAACAUCACGAUGUUAACAGCUCAUCCCCACAGACCGACAACAGGAUACGCUACUCAAGAAGGGACCCUAGCUUCGGCAACGAGAGCAAGUCCAACACACCCUUGCACGGGAGCAGCGAACUGAUAAACAGUCCUGCGUCGCGCCGAAACAACCACCGUGAUUGGGAGAUGAGCAGCACGCCCUCGACGGGCAGCGUGCACAGUCCGCACAGGCACAGCCCGCACAGCACCAAGGGGAACAAUGUUCAUGCCAUGAAAACAAAUAACGUGAACCACCACGAGAACAACAUCCACGCGCAGCACAACAAUCAUAAAGCGAACAGUGCCCCCAACCAUGUCGAACCUCAAAUGCCGCACGUAGCCAUGAGAAAUCGGGAGGGGUCGCGGCUCCGGCGACCCAUCUCAUUCGUCACGGCGCUUAAGAUGAACGAGGAGGCGGAGUCCAUGAUGCGAGGGCAGGAGAAGCCAGCUAACAGCGCUCCUGCUAGAAGUAAAUCGACCAAGGCGGACGUUGGACGCAACAAUCACACGGCGCCCACCGUCAAGCGCUCCAAUACAAGUUACAACUCUAGUCAUAAUGCAAGCCACAUAGUGCAAGCGAACGGAGAAGAUAGGACUCAAAUGAUGACGUACGAAGUGUCUGUUUGAGACACACCAUGUAUUGCUGAAAUCUCCCAUUUUGUCUCUGUUUUGUAGAUAAACGUCUACCACUAAGAAUCAACUUCUUUCACUUACUGGGAUGCACGUCACUUGCAGGGAUCUGUGCCACCAUGCUACAUUUGCCUGAUAUAGCAGUGGAUACAAUACUUAUUCCUUCAUCGCUGUUUCUGUCGGUCAUGCAACCACCAUCAUCGUCAACUCUUAUUUUUAUAACAAAGAUAUGAGACAAAUAAAAAAAAGUUAUGAAAUAUACAUGUAUUUAACAUAGAGGAAUUCAUGAAGCUAACAGAUUUAUUAGAAGAAUAUUGUACAUAUUAUCAGGAGUUAUUUUAUUUUCUAGUGGAGUUGUUCAUUGUCGCUAUCCUACCUGCUGAAAAUCACCACUUCCCUAUAUUUGCUGUAUAUUGAAAUGUCAUGAUUGCAAAAGCCAUGUACACAUGUACAAGAACAUGGGGGGAAGAGAGGGAGAUUUGCAUAACGUAACAGUGUGUAUGGACUUCAAUUUUUCAAUUCAUGCAUAAGGUAGGU